AUGCAACCACUCCUCCUCCUGCUACUCGCUUCCUUCCUCCUCCCCCCGCCGCCGGGGGCCAGCGCGGCAGAGUCGUCAGGCUGCUGGCCCAAGACAUGCGGGGACCUCAACAUCACCUACCCGUUCUGGUUUGAGGAGCUCGGCAAGCCACCUUGCGGACUGCCGUCCUUCCAGCUCAAAUGCAACAGCAACCGCGCGUUCUUGACCAAAUCCGUGUACCAGGCAUAUGAGGUGCUCAGUAUGUUCCCCAACAACUCCUCCUUCCAUGUGGUGGACCACAACCUCCCCCUACGCAGCGGCUGCCCAGCGCCAACGAUGAACAUCUCGCUCUUCUCACCCGCAUUCGCGUUCAGCAAAACCAACAAAGAAUUGCUCUUCCUUGGGGGUGUGCACGGGGUUACCACCGGUGAAUUCGUCUGGGUUUCACAGACUGCCUUGCAACAACAGUGCCACAACAUCCAGGGAGGGAUUCCGCUGGGCUGCCUCUUCACUGUCAUGCCGUUUCUCGGGUUUCCCGAUGGAAAUGGGGAUGACUACAUCUCCAGCAUGAAGAAUGGGCUUCUCGUGGAGUGGAAAGGGGUGCCAGAUGAUUGCCCAAGUGCAUGGCAAGGGGCGGGGAAUGCAGUUUCGAUUUCAGUAGCUGCAAGCUUGCUCCUACCAUGUAUAUAUGUGUUGGUAUGGCAUAUGCAAAAACUAAGGUUUUUCCUAUGCAAAAAGACCAGCAGCACCACAGAAGAGAACAUUGAGGCCCUAAUAUUAUUACAUGGGUCACUAGCUCCAAAACGAUACAAGUACUCCGAAGUAACAAAGAUAACAUCUUCCCUUAAUAAUAAGCUUGGGGAAGGUGGUUAUGGCAUGGUUUUCAAAGGAAGGCUAGAUGAUGGUCGUCUAGUUGCAGUGAAGUUCCUGCAUGACUCCAAAGGUGACGGUGAGGAGUUUGUGAAUGAGGUUAUUAGUAUUGGCAGGACAUCUCACAUUAAUAUUGUUAGCUUAUUUGGGUUUUGUUUGGAAGGCUCAAAGAGGGCCCUCAUAUAUGAGUAUAUGCCAAAUGGUUCUUUGGAUAAGUAUAUAUACUCCGAGAAUCCCAAAGCAAUUUUAGGAUGGGAUAAGCUCUAUACCAUAGCAAUUGGGAUCGCUCGAGGGUUGGAAUACUUGCACCAUAGUUGUAAUACACGCAUAGUGCAUUUCGAUAUCAAGCCUCAAAAUAUCCUUCUGGAUCAGAACUUUCACCCAAAGAUUGCUGAUUUUGGUUUGGCCAAGUUGUGCCAUACCAAGGAGAGCAAGCUUUCUAUGACCGGUGCUAGAGGAACACCUGGGUUUAUAGCUCCUGAAGUACAUUCUCGAACCUUCGGAGUUGUUUCAGCAAAAUCAGAUGUUUAUAGCUAUGGAAUGAUGUUGCUAGAGAUGGUUGGUGGCAGAAAAAAUGUUAAACUAAUGGCUCAAGAGUCAAGUGAAAAGUAUUUUCCACAUUGGAUUUAUGACCACUUUGGUCAAGACGAUGGACUACAGGCAUGUGAAGUUACAGGUGAGAACAAAGGAAUCGCUAGAAAAAUGAGUGUGAUUGGCCUGUGGUGCAUCCAAAUAUUACCAAUGCAUCGCCCUACCAUAGGAAAGGUCUUGGAAAUGUUUGAGAGAGGUUCAGAUGAGCUAGACAUGCCACCAAGGCAAAACUUCAGUCAAAUAUUGUAA